GCGCUAUGUUUCCAAUGACAAGUUCGUCCAAAAAUGGCAGCGCCCAGAUUAUAGUACAGCUACAGAUUUCCUGUCAAAUCAGACGUUAUGUCGAGCACAAAUGGUGAAAUCGAAGAACAACAUGCAAUAGUAAAAACACCCAGAGACUCCCAAAUCAGAAAAGUUGACAAAAAAGAAAUUAAAUCUGCAACUACCACCUCCCAGCGUCCCACUAGCACUGGUAGUAUGAAGACACAAGAACCGAGCAAAGCAGGGCAAGGAGACUCAACAAAUCCACAACAAAUUAAGAAAAAGAAACCUAGUGACUUUCACUAUGGUAAAAUAAUCGGUGAAGGAUCUUAUUCUGAGGUUGUCUUAGCAAAAGACAUAUCCAGUGGAAAGGAAUAUGCAAUUAAAAUACUUGAGAAGCGACAUAUAUUGAAAGAGAAGAAAGAGAAAUAUGUACAUAGAGAGAAGGAAGUAUUGAAUAAAUUGUACAGUCAUCCGUUCUUUGUUAAGCUGUAUUUUACAUUUCAAGAUAGCAACAAAUUAUAUUUUGGAUUAAGUUACGCCAAGAAUGGUGAAUUACUCAAAUAUAUCAAUAAAGUGGGAUCUUUUGAUGAAAAAUGUACUCAAUUUUAUUCAGCUGAAGUGACGUCAGCAUUGGAAUAUUUACAUAGUUUAGGAAUUAUACAUAGGGAUUUAAAACCAGAGAAUAUAUUAUUGGAUGAAGACAUGCAUAUAAAAAUUACAGAUUUUGGCACCGCCAAGAUAUUAGAAUCUAAGUCACGAGAAGCUCGAGCUAAUUCAUUUGUUGGCACAGCACAGUAUGUUUCCCCAGAACUGUUAACUAAUAAAUCAGCUUGUAAAAG